UGGCAUUCACUGCUGUAUACUUUUUCACCUGGUACGGUAGUCUAGUUGCAGACACACAUAGCCAGCUGACGUAGCAAUUUGAAGAUCUUCGUUUCGACUUGACUGUUGACUACUAAUUAAUCUACAAAGAUGGAGAUGUCCCGGAUGUUGCUGAUCUGCGCCAUGGUGGUUGCCUGUGUGUACGCAGGGCAGAAGAAGGGCAUGUCGGUAAAGAACAAUGAUUUGUGCGACAAAUACACCGACACUUCUGACUACGCGUCUUGCGGGGUACAGGACGAUAAUGGCAACGAACUGUGCUAUCUCAACACAAAGGACCACGUCAAGUGCGACAGCGUAAAAGAUUGCCCAAACUUUGCCGAUGAGAAGGGUUGCAAAAAGGAGCACAUGGAAUACUGCGCCAGUGGAUUCGAAGGCAAGGACUUGGAGGUUUACCACUGUGCUAACUUCACCACGGCUGAUGGAUUCCCGGAGGGUGACUCAAUGUGUAUCUCCACGCUACAGUUAUGCGACGGUGAAUCCGACUGCCCUCAACGAGACGACGAAGCAAACUGCCCAAACAACAAAUAAAUCCCCAUUUCCCCGAUGACGUCACAUUAAAGGAAAACGUUGCCUUGGAUCGGACGAGUUGGUCUGUAAAAAGCGUUUGUAACCGUCUUUUAUAAGAAUGCA